AUGAAACUGCACAAACAUUGGGACACUUUUUUGAGCCACUGUAUCUUCCGGGAACAUGAGGAAUAUAUGGUGCCGGGACAGAGAGAUGUUGGCUUACCACUGCCUGCAAAUGUUUGGAGGGAGAUGAAGCUCACGGACUUGGAGCAAACGGCUUCGCGCAUCCCAAAGACACAUUGGCAGCCUUCCUACACUCCUCCGGGCGAGAUUGGAAAAGAGAACAUUCCUCUAUUAGUUUCCCAUGGUUCCAAACGCACCGCUCCGCAAGCGGGCUCUUCCCGUCCUUCAAAGAAGGUCCGAAUGACUAUUCCUACUGCUCUUUCUGCACUCAGCGCUUGA